UAUUCGCUCGUGUACUAUGAUUUUUAAAGGGAUAAUCUAUGCAUUUCUUUACUUUGCGUUGCUGUGGCUUUACGUGCAAGCAAGGGCCACCAGUUCCUCAUUGAUGCAAAUAAACCAUGACUUGGAUGAAGUUCUCAAGCAACAUAAGAAUAUUGGCGGCCCUAGUUUAACAGAAAAUGAACGGGAAUUCAAUGCGGAAAGAGAAAAAGUGCAUUAUGCCAGAGAUCUUAAGUUGAAUUGUAAAGCAAAUGGCGAGGAAAAUCAAGCCUUGUACAACGAAAAGCUUGCUGCAAAAGAAGGGUUUGAAGUUUAUCUAAAGACAAGACGCCAACUAGACGACAAAAUAAACGAACUCAUAUCAAAGGCUGACCAAAAGGGUUUAAACGAAUUGGUGAAAUGCUUGAAGCGCGUACAUAAUGACAGCAAUGAUGGAAAGCGAAUUAAAAUUGAGACUUUUAGCAAAGAGAUUGUCUCUAAUUCAAAUCACUGUCCACCGGAUUUGAGCAAAGAUACGAAUACGUCAAAAGAAUCGCAUGAUUCUAUUCAACACUCCAACUCAGCAGACAACGGGACGAAACUUCGCUUUCACAUUGAUAAAGUUUUUAUUAUAAAUCUUGAAAAACCUUUGCAACAAACUAUCUUAGAUUUAGAGAGCCGUGAAGUCAAGGAAGCCAUAUACCUAGGCGAUACGGACUAUAACGAAUAUGACUACUAUGAUGGAUUUUGGUAAAAUAGUAAUUAAGCAUAACUGUUGUAGAUUCUCGCAGCUUCAACUAGGUACUAUCGUAUUAUACUUAUAAAAUGAUCGAAAUAAAUAUACUUAACUCGACAAACAUUCAGAUUAAAA